AUGGUUCGGUUCGCCGUCGACAACGGUGUGGAUAAAAGUGCAACCGUCUGGGUGAUCACUUUGCUGGCGUUGAUAUACUCGUGCAUUACUCUUGGAUCUAGAGUCUACUUCAAGCUCGGGUCGCUCGGUCGCGAAGACGUUGCAAUCCUUCUUGGACAAGCAACAGCUUGCGGGCAGUUCGGAGCUGGCAUAUUUGCUCUCCAGCGUGGCCUUGGCAUGAACUUGUCUCUGUUAAGCAGAGAGAACCUGGAAUCAAUAUCUGGCGCCUUCACAGCUAUACAAGUCUUGUACUUCACAUCCUCAGCCUUGUCGAAGUUGUCGACUGCCAUCCUCCAUCGACUCUUGUUCCAUCACCUCGAGAGCAGGCGCGCAGCAGAACUCUGCCUGUGUAUGGCAAUCAUGGCAGCAUGCUGGGGCUUCGCCUCGGCUUUGGCAACUUCAGUUGGUUGCGACAUGGUACAACGUUUGGUGACAGACGACAGUUUAGCAUGCCCACUCACGAGAUAUAGAGGCCCUCUCGUGGCCGACUGCUUGCUCGAAGCCGCCUUGGUGACUCUUCCGGUAUACUUCACGGCUGGACUUCAAAUGAAGCGUGCGCAGAAACUCAAAGUAUGCUCUGCUUUUGCCUUCCGCGCACUCUGCAUCGUUUUCUCGGCAAUGCUGCUAUGGUCCUUCGAAGUAGUCGUUCACAGCCACCACGAUGAUUCGAAUCUGUCGCAGGUGGUCAUGUGGCAACAAGCAGGAACUUGCUACUCACUCAUCUCUGCAACGAUCCCCGUAAGCUUGAACUUCAUCCAUCGAUUCAGGACAGGUGCCAGCGUCGCGUUGAGUUCGAGCCAGAAGUCUGAACGGGGCACAAAUGGCUCUCGACAGUAUGGAAAGAUAGGAGAUACACAGAGAAGCAACUUGAGUGGGUCAAAGACGUUCGCAGGUCGAGGUGCGCUGAGGAUGAGACCGGACGAUGUGAGCACUUCUACUAGUGCGUAUCAUGUUCCUGGACAUUUUGAAGAGAGAACAGGUUCCCAAGAGAUGUUCAUAACGCGCUCCGACUCGGUCACAGUGACUAGUGACUAA